AUGAGCGGCCUGGACAGCCGUCUCUUGAUUCAACGAGUGUUAUCGAUCAACGAAAGCUCACAACCACCUUCCUCUCGGUACCGUUCGUUUCGUCGUUUUAUCGAUUUAAUCGGCAGUAUGACGGACGCCAUUUCCAUUGAGCAAAACAACAAGAUUCGCGUGGCCCUGGGGCUGAAGCCUUUGCCAGUACCCGGAGCCGACGCCACCGGCCCGUCAUUCAAAGAGUCCAACGACGACUCAUCCGACGAAGAACCAGCGAGCACACUCGAGUCCCGCGAGGCGCUGGCCGGAGACAAUUGGAAAAAGCUCCAAGAUGAGGCCGAGUCAAAGAAGAGGCGCGAGGCAAGGAACGCUGCGAUCAAAAAGGCGCGCGAGCAAGCACAAAGAAACGCAAAACUCCAAGGAACAACUCUGGGAGAGGGUGCGGAUGCGGACGUAGAUACCAAGACGUGGUUGCUACAGACGAAAAAGCGGCAAAAGAAGAUUGAGAAGGAGCGAGCGCGCAAAUUGGCAGAGGAGCUGGAGGAGCGCCAGCGUGUGGCGGAGUACUCGGCAUCUGACCUUGCUGGUAUCAAGGUCGGGCACGAAAUCGGGGAGUUUGGGGGUGGAGAGGAGCACAUACUCACACUCAAAGAUACGACAGUGGAUGAAAAUGAGGAGGAGGGAGACGAACUAGAAAAUCUUGACUUACGAGAAAAGGAAAAACUCGCAGAGAGAUUGGAGUCGAAGAAAGGGAAACCAGUUUAUGACCCUACCGAAGAGAAUACCAGCAUUCUUGCACAAUACGACGAGGAAAUUGAUGGCAAGAAGCGAAAGCGGUUUACACUUGAUGCCCGUGGAUCUACUGUGGAGGAACAAGAGGCGCGGCGGCAGGAGGUCUCGGAUAAACUGAAACGAAAUGUCAUCAGUCUUGAUUUUGAGGCCGAUACCCCGGUGUCCGAUUACAUGGAUUUGAGCGAAAUCAAGAUCAAGAAGCCGAAGAAGAAGAAGGCCAAGACCACCAAGAAGAGAUCUGGCCUCGAUGAUGACGAUAUCUUUCCGCCUACUGAAUCCGCUGACACGCCGAACGGCGCCGCCAUGGAUGUCGAUGUCGUGGAUGGCGCACCAGUACCUGCACCCCGCAGGAUACAAGACGAAAACGUCUCGUUUGUGGACGACGAUGAUUUACAAGCCCUUCUAACCCGUCAACGGCGUGCCGCCCUGAAAAAGCGACAGAAAGCUCGCCCAGAGGAUAUCGCACGGCAGCUUCGGGAGGAAGACUCGCAGACUCCAAUGGAUGUUGAAUCGCCAGACGAGGAAGAGCCCGGGCUAGUCAUCGACGAGACAUCUGAAUUUAUUUCCAAUCUACAGAAACCGGUACUUCCCGAGCCACGAGAGCGCCGCACCAGUACACCAGCAGAAGGCUUGCGAGCGCAAACAGAAGAGCUGAGCGAAGAACAAGCAGACGGCGGCGACGUGGGUAUGGAAAGGUCCUAUAACGACAUUGAGGACGAGGAUGAACUCAGGGAGCGCAUCAAACGCGAGGAAUCCCAGACCAACGCGCCCAUCAGUGGUACUGGAUUGGAGGAGGAAUCUACCUUGUCCCAGGGUCUUGGUGCUACCCUGGGUAUGCUCAAGAAGCGCGGUCUUGUAAAAUCUACAGACGCUGCAGAGCACAACUCACUUCUUCGUGAUCGCCAGAAGUUCAUCUCCGACAAAAGCCGCCUUGAAACAGAGGCGGAACGACGUGCUCGCCAGCAACGUGAGCGUGAUCGAGCUUCAGGAAAGCUUGACCGCAUGUCUGCCCGCGAAAGAGAGGAGUACGCCCGCUGGGAAAACAAACAGCGAGACCAGCAGGAUGCGCGCCAGAUGGCAGAGGUUUUCAACAAAGAGUACAAGCCUGACGUUCAGCUCAAGUACAUUGAUGAGUUUGGCCGUCAAAUGAACCAGAAGGAGGCGUUCAAGCACCUGAGCCAUCAGUUCCACGGCAAGGGCAGCGGUAAGAUGAAGACUGAGAAACGGUUGAAGAAGAUUGAAGAAGAGAAGAAGCGCGAGGCAAUGAGUGCAUUGGACAGCAGUCAGCAUACGGGAAUGAACAAUGCCAUGGGUGCGACAGCGCGGAAGAACCGACAAGCUGGUGUGCGAUUGGGCUAA